AUGUAUAAUAAGAAAGUGCAUACCUUGUCUGAAAACCAUCAAUUCUGUACAAAAGUUUUUGUGUUUGGUUGUCUGGUUAUUAAUAGAUGGGGAAAAGCCAUUGUUGGAUUGCAUUUGCAUGAUCUUUGGAUUCAAAUUUCUCAAUUAGUCUGGAAAGUGAAUUUGAAUUUUCUUUCAGCUGAAAAAGGUGAGCAAAGUUUUUCUCGUGAAAAGAAAAUUGCAAAAGAUACUACUGACCACAAAGAUGAAACAGUCAUUGUGCAAAUCAUUAAGCGAACGAUGUUCGAAGAUGUUGUUCGAAGCAAUUUUAAAAACUCCAAAACCACACGUUCAUCUAUGGGAAAAUUGUUAGAGAACAUUCCCCAAAUACCUAGCUUUAUUCCAAAAUCAAUAAGUUCAGACUUAAAAUAUUGUAAAUGGGUGAAAGCAUUCGAAGACAACAUAUUAAUUCCAAAUUUUCCAGCAUUUGCAAAAUUUGAUUGUAAUGGACACUCUGUUCAUGGUGAAAAUUCACCUAAUCUAUCACCUGAAUUUGAAAAUAUUCUCAACAAUUGCUUAGUUACAAAUCCCAUAAUUUACAGAAAAAAGACUAAAUGUCCACAUUGCAAAAAGAAAUUUGAUAAUAUUUCCCCAAGUUGCAUUUUAGCAUGUUGCAAUAAUUGUUGUGAUGAUGAGGAUUGUGAAUAUCAUAUCAACCUUCCAAAAGAAACGCCAAUGGUGAUAUUGUCCCAUCAUUCUCAAACACAAACUCAAAUGAAUUCAUCACAAGACAAUAUAUAUGUGAGCCAAGCUCAACCUCCACAAACUAAUUCCUCACUUCCAAUGACAAACAAUGUCAGCACAACCUUCACACCGAAGCCUGUAUGUGCUAACUCCUCGAAGAGUUGUACAAACAAAAAAGUAUCGGCCAAAUGUACCAACAAAAUGUGCAAGAAUUGCUGUCUGAGUCAUCAAGUGUGCAGCUUUCAUGGAGCUGCUGUGAGUCGAGUGGACAUACGGUAA